AUGGCGCAGCAAUCCGGCCGACUGGCCCGCUUCGCCUACACGUCGCUCUACUUCAUACUGCUAAUGAUGCUCGCGGGGCUGACACUCAUCACGCCGGGAAACAUCAUCGAGCGGUCGAUCGUCAGCCGACAAGUCUACAACAUCUGGAUCCUUCUGGGGUCGUACGCCGUCACCAUCGUGCUAGUGGCCGUCUUCUACUCGACGCGGCUGUACGUCAACAAGACGGUGCUGGCGGGGAUACCCAAGCCGUGGGUGCCCAUCCAGGCGGGUGACGUCAACAAGACCGUUCACCUGGAGAUAGUGAGCGGGCUAGACCGGAGCGCGGCCAUAGCGUACGAGUCGCGGCCGCGGGUUACCGUCGCCACCGUCGGCGACGGCGGCGACAAUGACAACGACGACGGCAUGGCCCCCCUCGCACGGGACCUGGGCGUCUCCCCCAAGAUCCAGAGCGCCAUGUGGUCCUCCAUCGAGCACGAGGGCUGGGCGUCCCCCGCGUCGGCUGACUUCCCCUCCCUGCAGUACAUGACCGUCCUGGCCGAGCUGCCCAACCUGAUCGAGGCCAAGGCCCUGACCCUCGCGCCGCCCGCCUCGGCAGCCACCGACGCCUCUGUCGCCGCCACGGCGGCGCACUUCCUCCAGCGGCCCAUCCACCUCAGCCUGCGCGGCUACCUAGACCACCUGUGCAGCCUAGGCGUCGUGGCCGAGCACCACUCGCCCGCUGAGUUCCUCGAGCAGUACGAGUACGCGCGCUUCUCCACGCGACCCAUAUCCAGCACGCGCUUCAGGCGUCUGAUGCACCUCCUCGCCGAGCUGCUGGGUGCUAUGCAGCCGCUCGACCUGGCCGCUCUGGAGGGGAGCGACGCCCACAGCACUACCACCGGCACCAGGAGCACUCUCUCGCGCACAUCGACAACGUCGUCGUCAUCUUCGUCUAUCCUACAGAGACCGCCUCCCUCGCUGCACGCCACAUCAUGGGCCACGGCACCUAGUACGCCGCGUGGACGGCGACCCGCCAGGAACGGCAGUAUAGACAGCAGUGGGGGCAAUACUAUUGCCUUUCCCGCCCAGGGACAGGCGCACCAUCUCUAUUCUCAUCAGGGAACCCAUCAGGGUCUGGCAAAGCAGCAGCAGCAGCAGCAGUAUGCUUCCAGUUCGAGCUCUUCGAGUACAAGGUCUGCUGCGCGGUCGCAGAUGUCCGUCAUCCGUCUAGCCACGGUGGAUGACGAUGAGAGGUUACCGUACGUGUUGAAUCUGGAAAGAUCGUCCGACUGA